AUGGAUGGUGUAAAGAAUGACAACAGUACACUGUAUGUUUUUUUCCCUAUAGCUGCUGCGGCUCAUGAUCGUCGGUCAUGGGUUGAUCAGAGAGCGUUCCUUCCGAUGACACCGUUCCUUCUGACAAAGUGCCCUUCUCUGGAGGAUCAUGCUUUUCAAUCUCACAAGGGGCAGAUUGCUGCAUCUUGCCAGAUUCACCACUACUAUCAAGGUGUUUACUGCAUUCAUCAUCUUGCAUCUCCUCUGCUACGGUUCCUUGUUCUGUAUUCAAGGGCGAACUGUGAUUAUCCAAGCUUUCAACUUGAUCUGCAGAGUUUGGAAUUGACGGCAUGCUCUCGGGUGGCACACUUGUUGAGCUUGUCAUUCCGGAACCAGGGCCUACAGGUGGGGCACUUGAAGCAACACAAGAAGCUACCAAUUGAAGCACUUCUGGAGACGGGGACAAUCCCAUGUUUGUUUUCUUCUCCCGGUUUAAGCAUGGGGUUGGUGCCAAUAACCCCUGUACACCAGAUCCAUUCCAGGGAAGGCCUGAUGUCCCGGGAUUCAAUGGCGGAAGAAGCGGAAGAUUGGGCUGAGCAAAAGAAUCAGAGAAUGGAACCGUUAGAUUGGGUCUCGUCUUCUUCUUCCUCUUCCUUAGAGCUCGUCUGGGAUCCUUUGGUUGUGAAGGAGGUGGACCAGGUAUGACAAAUGGAGGAAUUGUGGACUUCUCUUCUCCAUAGAGCAAUCGAACUGAUUGAGCUAUAGCCGACACUGUAGGGGGUAGAUCAGGCUCCUGCGAUUUGGCAGGAGGAGCAGUAACAGCUU